GGUCCAAAGAAGGAACAGUGGUGAAUCGAAGACAGAGUCACGGGCGACCAAGGCUUAUUGAUGCAUGUGGGGAGUGAAGGAUGGCCCAUGCAGUCUGAUCCAAAAGACUGUUGCUUAAAUUGCUGAAGAAGUUAAUGCUGGCUGUGUGGAUGUAACGCGCGUGGCGCGAAGCGCGCGAGCACAAGUUAUGAAGUAAUAAGCGCGAGGAGCUGAAGCGCCAACGGUCGCCUGAUGCUAGUUUUUGCCUGUCUCUGUGGACAACCAUAAGCAAAACGACAAGAUGACAUCAACACUCCAUGGGCAGAAGGUGUGCCACUCACAGACACAGACAGAUGCCCUGAAGCCACUUCUUGGAGGGACAGGAUGUGAAAUUGAAUCACGACUCCGUCGGCGCUUAAUGUCCAAAGAUGGACGGAGCAACGUGCGAGUGGAGCACGUGAGCGGGCAGCACGCCCUAUACCUACGUGAUCCAUGGACGACCUGUGUGGACAUGCAGUGGAGAUACAAGUUGCUUGUGUUCAGUGCAACCUUUGUGGGCACCUGGUUCGCUUUUGGCCUGUUGUGGUAUCUGUUGGCUCUGGUGCAUGGAGACCUAUUGGAGUUUGAUCCUCCGGCCAACCACACAUUGUGUGUGAUGCAGAUGCAGACUCUAACAGGAGCAUUCCUGUUCUCCCUCGAGACACAGACGACCAUUGGCUAUGGUUUUCGCUGUAUCACAGAAGAGUGUCCAUCUGGCAUUGUACUUCUUGUUAUCCAGCUUCUGAUUACCACCGGCAUGGAGAUCUUCAUCACAGGAACCUUCCUCGCCAAGGUCGCUCGGCCCAAGAAACGUGGAGAAACAGUGCGUUUCAGCCAGCAAGCUGUAAUAGCCAAUCACCAUGGGCAGCCAUGUCUUAUGAUCCGGGUGGCCAACAUGCGCAAGAGCCUCCUUUUGGGCUGUCAGGUAACUGGGAAGCUGCUCCAGCGUUGUGCACCUAAAGAGGGCGAGACAGUGCGCCUAGACCAGAAGAAUGUCCCAUUCAGCGUGGACACAGCCAGCGAGAGCCCCUUCCUCAUCCUCCCACUCACCUUCUACCACACUAUCGACAAUGACAGUCCCCUCCGAGAGUGGGCUGCCAAGGGUGUUGGAUGGACCGAGCCUGAGCUGGCUGAUUUUGAGCUCUUGGUGAUGAUGAGCUCCACAGUGGAGCCAACAUCUGCCAUGUGCCAGGUGCGCACAUCCUACCUGCCUGAAGAGAUUCUGUGGGGCUAUGAGUUCCCACCCAUCGUCUCUCUGUCUCCAUUGGGGAAAUACGUUGCUGAUCUUGCUUACUUUGACAAAGUUAUCAGGGCCAAGACCCCACCCAUUUUCAGAGAGUCCUCACCCACCAGCCAGCAGAAUUACCACAGUAAUGAAGAAGGAGGAGAUCCAGAGAAGAUACAGCUGGAACUGAGUUAUAGAGAAGCAGGCCAGGAUAGGGCAAGGGGGAGAGAUGGGAGUCCAUCAGGAGUUAGAAUAAGCAAUGUGUAACACAUUAUAGCACACACACACACACACAGAGUGGAAAAUACCAUGCUUAGACCUAAGUAACAAAAAGCCAUGAUCCUAGUGUAGAAAGUGUAAAGGAGUAACAGUGAAGUCUUGUUAAACUACUCAUACAACUGGGACUUGAUAGAUAUUUUAUCAUGUAGACUCUGUGUACAUAAUCAUUAUUUAACUUUACAAUACAGACAAUAUCUCCCUCUAGUGGCCACACUUAGUGCCACUAGUAAAGAUGCAAUGUAACGUUUUAUCUAAACGUUUGUAAUUUGUCUGAUCACUGCAGAGUAUAUAAAUAACAAUAAUGAUGACCAGCCCAAAAAACAACUUAGAUAGAUCCAGAUCAUGACGGAGACUGAAAUGUUACUGUGAGCAAGAGGUUUUGAAUUGAACACGUUCAGUCAUGUGGGGUAUUUUGUUUUGUGUUGUCUUUUAAUUGUAAUGAACUGUCACUUAAUCAGGAGUCAUUAUGGUGCUGAAUGCUGAGAGUACACACAUAACACAGUAAAUGAAUAGAGUAAAGGUCUAUUACAUUGUGAAUCAUUUCAUUAAUACAGCAAUAAGGUGAAAUACAUCACAUGUUUGCACACAAACUUCAAUAGUCAUCGUACCUCAUCACCCUUCCUGUUCUUCUUUGGGAACGAAAGCUAUCCUGUUAAAGAUUCCUGAACAAACCACAGUACAAUAUAAUAACAGAAUUUAAUAUCAACAAAUUAUUCUUUAGCAUUUUGAGUUUAUUCCUUGUAUCGCUAGGAUAUCAUUUAAUCACUUUGUACAUAAGCCAAGCUCCCUAAGUCAUUUCAUGUGAUAUGUCAAUAUUUCUUAACCACAAGCCAAUAGAGAAUUGUAAUACUAUACCAAACUUGUUAGUUCAAUGCAAAAGCUUUUAUUGCUGGAUUUAAUCUAAAUGAAAAUUAAGUUCAAAUUCCCAAGAGGUCAAAAAGGGAUAGAUAGAAAGUCAUGAGUUCCUCUUUUUGCAACACUCCUCCGUUUAUUUGUCUGCGAAUUUAUUUAGAGAAGGAGAAGUGCAUGGGGUGAAAAACGGGUUUGUCUGCUUCUAGGAACUACACUUUAACUGAAAAUUAUUUUCCUUUCACUUUUUUUUUAAUAUAUAGAUCUAUAAACGGCAGUAGUAGCUGAAGGGUUAUGGUUCUUCGGAUGGGGGGAAAUAUGGAAGCGUUUAGACACACAAGGGCCAAAGUGUAAGUGGUGCAACAUCAAGCAGCCACAUUUAAACAGUAUUUGAAAUGUGGUUGAAAAUAAAAAUGCAAUAAAAUCAAGUGCUGAAUUUCAAUACCUAAAAUGGCCCGGUUGUAAACAUGCAGUCUUUUUUAAAAAACUGAAUGUCCUGGAAGCCAGAUUUGCAUGAAUUCAGUAUACUCUGUAUGCUUACUGCAUACAGCUGCAUUAUAAAGAUCCAGUGCUGAUGUGUGACUCGGCAUAUAACAGAAUAACAAUAGUAUCAUUCAUUGUGGUGUACAAUAAUUCCAUCAUGAUUCCUGGUUAUAUCAAGAAUAUAAUCUGCAUAUGAAAAUCUGUGAUGCUGUCAAGAGCCUUUAUGCAAAAAAGGCAAGCUGUAACGUGAAAAAAGGUGAAACAAUUAUGUCUAUAAUUUUUGUAUUAAGGUAAACAUGUCAUGUCAUGUCAUUCAUUCAUUCAUUCAUUCAUUCAUUCAUUCAUUCAUUCAUUCAUUCAUUCAUUCAGAAGUUACUUUAUCCUGGUUAGAGACACAGUGGUGCACAAUUUCUUUAUUUUUUUACUUGUAUUUAAAUUUGUAUUUUCUCUACAGGAAAGCUAUGAAUGUCAUCAAAGUACAAAAAGAGUUUUUGUCCACCCCCCCCCAAAAAAAAAAAUCAGAUAAUCAGAGAAAAUGAAAAUGUUCGCAGUGUCAUUGGAUAUAGAGCUCUUAAACCCAAAGACAUGUGGAUUUGAUUCAGAGAAUAUGACUUAGUUGAGAUGUUUGGGAACACCUUGCCUUUUCUGAAGUGCAAGAAACGUGGAGAGGUGGAAGGACGGAGAGAGAAAGAGAGAGAGAGAGAGAGAGAGAGAGAGAGAGAGCGAGAGAGAGAGCGAGAGAUCCUGGUACAGCACCAUGGUGGUCAUGGUACAGCAUCUCUGAAAAAUAUGUAUAUAUUUUUCUGAGCAUGAGUUUAGUUGAUUUUUCAGCAGAAAGUCCAAAUUCUUAGGCUAAAAAAAAAUCUAAUAAGCUUUAGUCUUAACACCGCGUGAGCAAAUCAGGGUCAUCAGCUUUCAGCUUUUGAUCCAGUUACAGAUAAAGAUUCAGAAAAGAUUCAGUGUUCUUGUAUGAAUGAUGAAAAAAAUAUUACAUUAGUGAAUUUACAUUAGUGAGUUAGAAAAUGUAGAGAUCGUGUUAUUUAAAAUAAUAAUAAUAAUAAUAAUAAUAAUAAUAAUAAGAAGAAGAAGAAGAAGAAGAUGCCCACCUCCUUUCCAAAUAGUCAAACAUAGUCCCAUUUCACCUUUUGACUCAUAAUAUACAACUUGGCCUCUAAGAAACAAAAAAUGAAAGCAAAUAGCUGUAGAUCUCACUGCACUGAGGAUGAGAUGAGCUCUCUGCGCAUGCGCUGUUCAUUGUGGUCGCUGGAUCUUCAAUAAAACCCGCUUCUAACUGA